AUGUAAGGAAAAUCCCAGAGAGAAAAUGUUAGUUCGUUGGAUCUUAAUUCAUCAUCUAUUACUUCAUCUCAAAAUCAAGUCGUAUUUAAUGGAAUAACCUUAAAAUCUAAUUCCCCAAGAACAGUGUAAGCAUGUCAGAAGCUAGGAAUAGAUCUGGGCAUUUUCUAAAUAAAGUAAAAGAUGUUUUAUACUUGUAGAGAUAUUGACAAUUUUCGCACUAAUGAUUGUUAUAGUGAUGAAAUUCUUUAAUUGCGAUAUGAGCAUUACAUUAAUAAAACUAAUUGUAAAGAUCAACAUAAUAUUUUAGAACUAUUGAAUGAAAUAUUUUAGGCAAGAAAAGAAAUCAUAAGAAAGAAUAGAUAACGCUAACUAUAAUGUGCUUCAAUCGAUUCUCUUGAAAGAUCGGUUUCUCUUAAGUAAGGUUCUACCAUUGAUUAAUCAGAGUAUGUUAAUACUUUUUAUAUAUGUGAUUAGACUGAAAAAAUAAAUGGAUUGUGCUUACAACAAGACUUUAUAAUAUUUGUAAGAAUAGAAAGUAGUUGAUGGGUAUGUUCCAAAAACUAUAGGAGAAUAUUAGGAUGUUGCAUAGUUUGAAGGAGGGCUAAACAAAGAAUUAUCUAGAUAUAAUAAACAUAAAAUUUAGAAAAUAGUACUUAAAUAAAUUAUCCUAGAGAGAAGCCUAAAUUAAAUUGGAGGAGGACAAAAAAAGAGUUGAAUUAUUAGAAAAAAUACAGGAAAGAGAUUAAAGAAUUGUUCAUGUCAUGACCAAAAAAUAAUAAGAAAUGAAGGAGAAAUACAGUACAUCUAGGAAAAUAGAAAAUAGAAGAAUAGAUACUUAAGAAAUGGAAUCUCAGUCUUAACCAAGAGAGAAUGAGGCACAAAAAAAUAUAUAAUAAUUAUCGUAAGAGUAAGUUAAUAUUAAAAAUAAUGAAAUCAGAAGUAAAAUGUUAUUGAAAGUGGAUGAUUAGAAGGAGAAGAAGAAAAGGGAACAAGUCUUAUUGAGAAAGGAAGAAUUUGAAAAAUAAAUUGAUAUGGAUUGUCAAAUGUAAAUGGCUAAGAUACAAUAAAAAUUAGAGAAUAGUGAGAAAAUGCAAAGAGAAUUAAUCUAAAGUAAAAUAGAAAAAAUAAAAGAAUAAAAUCUUAAAGAGCAAUAAAUCAUGAAACAAUAAAAAUAACUUAAAGACAAGAUAUCACAAGAUCAUAUAAAUUUACUUUUAGAAAAAAUGGUAUAAAAAGAAAAAGACUUUUAAAUAAACUAAAAGUCUAUUUAGAAUAUAGAAUAAGAGAAAAAAAUAGAGAUCAGAUAAAAAUAAAAGAAGAUUAAAUCUAAUUAAGGAGAUAUUUUUAAGGAUAGAGAGUAAUUAUAGAUUCUAAGUUUUUAGUGAGAAAUUAAAGUAAAUUAAUGAAAAGUUUUCGAAGAUUGAAUAAUUUAAUAAAAUAAAAAAAGUAAUAAAUUGAAUCAAUUUAGGAAGAAUAAGAUUACAAAAUAUUAUUGAAGUAAGAAUUGAGGAAGCUCAAAGAAUAAGACAAACAAGAUAUAUUAGAGAGAUAGAAAAGAUAGAAUGAAUACAGAAUGUAAGAGAUUACAGAAAAAUACAGAUAAGUUGAUGAAAAAAACUAAUUAAAACAAUAUUAAAAUGUAUAACCUUUAUUGAUUAUGUUAGACUCUCUUAUAAUAAACAUCUAUGUAAAUCAGCAAAUAGGAAAUAUUAUAAAGAAAUAGAAUCUAUUCACAUUUAUAAGAAAUGAGUGAUAAUCUCUUUAAUAAAAAACUUAGAAAGCGAAAGUAAUCAAUAAAAUAUCUGUUAGUUUAAGUCAACUUGAAAAAAAUGUCCUCUUAAUUAAACCUAAAGCUGAUAAUCAAAAAGAGGACACUGAGUUUGAGGAUCAUACUAAAUUAUUGAUUACAAUGCUUCAAACCUCUGAUGCUGAAGAAACAGUAAAAAUUAAAUAGAGUAGAAGACAAAAUUGA